AUGAAGGUGGUCGGUCUGCUGUCUGGCGGCAAGGACAGCUGCUACAACCUGUGCCACUGCGUCAAGAAUGGUCACGAGCUCGUGGCGCUGGCCACGCUGGCGCCGCCGGCCUCGACCGAUGAGCUCGACUCGUACAUGUACCAGACCGUGGGCCACGAUGCGGUGCACCUCGUCGCAGCCGCCAUGGACCUGCCGCUCUACCGCCAUCAGAUCAGCGGCACUGCCGUCAACCAGGCCGCCGAGUACGGAAGCCGCCGACCGCCGGGCGAGGCCGGCGCCGACGCCGAUACCGACGCGGACGGCGCCGAUGAGCCGUCGGAUGAGCCGUCGGACGAGACCGAGGACCUGUACCGUCUGCUGAUGCAGGUCAAGCGGCACCACCCGGACGUAGAGGCGGUGAGCGUGGGCGCGAUCCUCUCAAACUACCAGCGCGUCCGGGUCGAGCACGUCGCUCUGCGCGCCUCGCUCGCCCUGCUGCCCCUCACCUUCCUCUGGCAGCGCUCGCAGCCCGAGCUCUACGACGAGAUGAUCCAGGCCGGGAUGACGUCGAUCCUCAUCAAGGUCGCCGGGAUAGGUCUCGAGGAGCGCGACCUGGGCAAGACGCUCCACCAGAUGCGGCACAAGCUCUGGAAGCUCCACGACCUCUACGGCGCCCACGUCUGCGGCGAGGGCGGCGAGUACGAGACCCUCACCCUCGACAGCCCGCUCUUCAAGAAGCGCAUCGAGAUUCAAGAGACCGAGACCGUGAUCCACUCCGACUCUGGCUUCGGCAGCGUCAGCUACCUGAGAAUCAAGCGCGCCGCCCUCGUCGACAAAGAGCUCACCGCCGACCUAGAGGCGACCACGAUCCCCGACGAUCUGGACGCGCUCAGCAAGAGGACGCUCCAGGCCAUCGGAUCGGCUGAAACAUCAAGUGCCGGCGGCAGCACAGCCCAACGAGGCCAGAUCGCAGCAGACGGGCUGGGCCGACUAGCCGUCGACCAGGAGACCGUCGUUGGCAAGCUAAAGCCUUCGCUGACGAGGCGAGGGAGAUGGAUGAGCAUCAACAAUGUCGACGGUAUCGAUGCCGCCGAGUCAUCGCUCGAGGAAGAAGUGGUGACCGCCUUCCGCAGGGUGAAAUCCCUGCUGUCCGGCCAGACGCCUCCGCUCGACCUCACCCAUCUCACCCACAUCAACCUCUACCUCUCUUCCCAGUCCCUCUUCCCGACCAUCAACGCCAUCUACAAGCGGCACUUUGGGUCCUCGCCUCCGACGCGCGCCUGCAUCGCCGUGCGGCCUACAUCCUCGGCUCGCUUCCACCUCUCGGCCGUGGCGUUCGACGACCUCUCCCCGUCCUCCGGCGCUACACCCCUGCCAGAGAGGAAGGCGCUCCACGUCCAAGGCCGGUCCUACUGGGCGCCCGCCAACAUCGGGCCCUACUCGCAGGCCGUCACGAUAGGCGAGAGGAUCUUGAUCGCGGGUCAGAUUGGACUCAGGCCCAAGGACCUCUCUCUGCCGGACGUAGCUGAAGGUCUCUCUGCCCAUCAGGCCGCGGGCCUACAGUGCACGCUGGCCAUGCAGCACGCGCGCCGCAUCUUUCACGCCACGCUCGAGUCCCGCCUGGGUCGAGGCUGGAUGGACGGCGGCAUCUGCUGGCUCGACGAGAGCGUCGAUGUCGAGAUGGCGCGACGGUGCUGGGCCGCCCAGUUCGAGGCGCAACCGCGCGAAUCGAGCGACGGCAGCGACGACGACGACGACGACGACGACGACGACGAAGGGCAAGGGCAAGGGUGUUGGCUUGCACCGCACGCUGUCUUUUCGUCGGGUGCAUCCAUCGCUCCGCCCAUGAUCUUUGCGACGCUGCCCAGCGGCAACCUGCCUCGAUCGGCCAAGGUAGAAUGGCAGGUAACGGCGCAUACUGGCCGCAGCGUAUCGCGGGACGUUACGGGCGAGCUUGUUUCACCAUCGCCUCUCUCGACUGCUACGAGUGGACAGGUCGAUGACGAUGACGAUGAUGACGACGAUGACGGAGAAGCGGACGUUCCGACCUUACAACGCGGCUCGAUCGUCUGCGGUACCGAUCAGGUGCGCUGCGACGUGGCGCGCCUCUGGUCGAGACGGGGCGGCUCUUCAUUCGGCAUUGCCUCCUUCUUCCCAUCUCCGCCUCCCGCCGCGGCCGCCUCGGAGGCGGAGACGGAGCAAGGAGACGAUACCGCGAUCGGGCAGGCACGGGCCGACGUCGAGCAGCGUGCGUUUGCGAAAGCGCUGCUCUACGUCGAUGGGACGGACCUCCAGGCUGCUUUCGGUCUGCUUCGGCAGCUCUUCCCCGCCGCAAAGACAGACGAGAUCAACGCCAUCCCCGUCUCCCGACUCCACGCCUUCCCAGUAUCCGCAUCGGCCGGUCUCGACCUGCUCGUCACGGCCGCAUUCGCCCUCGUUUGGCAUGGCGUAUGA